UUCCCACCAACUGAACCACUUUCAAAAAUCUGUCCCGCAAACUUUGCUCUCUUUUCUUAACCGCUCCACUCUGCUUCUCUUCUCCUUCACCAAAUUUUAACGUACGCAAUCUAUAACUUUCUUACCCUUUUCACAUUCUCAUUCUCCUUAAAUGGGAAGAGCAGAAGAUUCCGAUACUAAAUCCCGGUUAGUCUCAGAGAUUUUCUCCAUUUCUACAGCCUCCAUUGCCUGUUCCCAUACAUGUAGAACUAGUAGUUCUAGUUCUACCACUAACAGGACUAGCCCGGUUGAGUCACAUUUCGUCGACUGGUAUCGUCUUCUUGGUGUUGGUGAAGAUGCAGGAGCAGAUGUUAUAAGAAAGCGGUAUCAUAAACUGGCUUUGCAGCUUCAUCCUGAUAAGAACAAGCACCCCAAAGCUGAGACUGCUUUCAAGCUUGUUUUAGAGGCAUUUACUUGUCUCUCGGAUAAUGCCAAGAGAAGAGCCUUUAACUUGGAGAGAUGGAAAAAGUUCUGCACUAAAUGCAACAGAAUCCCCUACACGAGCUGCAAGCCAUCCCCAAAGGAGCCUGCAAACUUUUCAAUAUCUUAUAAAAUUCUGAGAAAUUUCAGGAGCAUUACGGAAAGGUUCAAAGAGGAGGCCACGGUGAUAGAGAAGUGUUUGAGUGCUAAUGCUACAAAAACAUCAGGAAAAGAAUCUCCAUUCUUCAGGUCAAAAGAAAAUCUUCUCCUGAAUCACCACAAGACCCGAAAAGAGUGUCCUAUAUUCAAUCCAUCUGAUUAUAGAUUCCAAGGCUACCCACAUCUCAGGAGCAGAAUAUACAUGAAACCGGGCAACUUUUGGUACUUCCAUGGAGAAAGUAUACAUAAAUAUGGAAAGGAAAGGGAAGUGCAUGAUUUACCAAUCUUUGAGAGCAGAUCAGACAGGGGAAUGUAUAAAAGCAAAUCUACUUGUCUUCGUCCAUAGCUAAGAAAUUUGAUUAUACAUUUAAUUAGUUAAAUACAUCUCAAUUGGCACUUACCGGAACGCCUUUUUUAAUGUAGAUAUAUUGCAAUUCAAUAUACACAGGAAGGAUGUUAGACAUGGCUGUUUCUUUCACCUUUGUAAUGAAUUAAUGAUAACAAAUUUGUGUUAGAAUUUUAAA